GAAGAAGGAGAACAUAAAAAGGAAGCGGAGAAGCGCGAGAUCACAAAAAAAGGCAGUCGCGCGGUCUCAUUCCGAUCUCACAUCCGCUCUCGAUCUCGAAUCCAAGUCAAUCGAAAUCCCCAUGUCGACUGCGUUUGACACGUUCGGCAUCGACGGCGACGAGGCGCACGCCGCCCCGAACCCGCAGUUCGAGGACCACGACAGCAGCUUCUCCGCCUACGGCAGCUACUCCGGCUUCCCCUCCGCCGACGGAGAGGUCGCCGUCGACCGAUCGCCGGAGAUCUUCGGGUUCGAGGACCCGAGCUCCGGGUACACGCAGUCACCCUACGACUCGGUCCACGUGGAGAACGGGAACGGGAACGGGAACGGGAACGGGAACGUCUUCGAGAGCGAUGACGGAGUCUUCGCGUCGGACGGGCCGGUUCUGCCUCCGCCGAGCGAGAUGCAGGAGGAAGGGUUUGCUCUGCGCGAGUGGCGGCGCCAAAAUGCAAUAUUGCUGGCGGAGAAGGAGCAGCGGGAGAAGGAUAUGAGGGUCCAGAUCAUCCUAGAUGCUGAGGAUUAUAUACGAGAAUUUUAUGAGAAAAGAAAGCUGAAUGUUGAAAGCAACAAGACCAACAACAGGGAGAGGGAGAAGUUAUUCCUAGCUAAUCAGGAGAAAUUCCAUAAAGAGGCAGAUAAGCAGUACUGGAAGGCCAUAGGAGAGCUCAUCCCUCACGAGGUUCCAAAUAUUGAAAAGAGGCGAGGGAAGAAGGAACAGGAGAAAAAGCCAGGGAUCGCCGUGAUCCAGGGUCCAAAGCCUGGAAAGCCGACUGAACUCUCUAGGAUGCGUCAAAUACUCGUAAAACUAAAGCACAAUCCACCGCCUCACAUGAUCCCACCUCCACCACCUCCCAAGGACGCAAAAGAUGGGAAAAAUACAAAAGAUGGGAAGGAGAAGGAGAAGGAGAAGGAGAAGGAGAAAGAGAAGGAUGGCGCACCAACUGCUAAUGGGCCUCCUGCGGCUGCAACACCAUCCCCUGCUAAAGAUGGUGUUAAUGGCUCAUCGAGCCCACCAAAAGAAGCUGCCCCUUCUGAGGAGCAACUCGAGCUACCGAAUGCUUGAGUGUGCUUUCACUCUUUGUUUCUCUGAAGCAAUGAAGUGCAUUACGAUCGCUCUCGUGCAUUGGCAAUAUCUUUUGGUUGACUUAUUUUUGUCUAUCGAAUAUUUUUUGUGCCAUGUUGUGAUUCAUUUUUAUCGAGUCUCGGGUAUUCUCUUACUGGUUGGUGCCUUAGUUGUCAUAUGUUGCUCAGGUGUAGACACUCAAAACUGAAGAAACCAUGAUAUGCACGGUUCUGUACCCCAGGGAUUGUUCGAAUUUUACUCCGUGUAAUCUAUAUUUGUAGUUUCUCCUCCUCUUUGCCCGAGAUCGUCAUCCUGAAAUCUAUUCCCCCUUA